AAUGCGACCAUAUAAAGAACACACCAUCAAGAAAACUAAAGAACAGUUGCUGACUCCACAAUGGCCUCUUCCAACAUCUUCUUCAUCAUAGCUAUUGUUGCUUUCUUUGCAGUUCCUUCAUGUUUGGCCACCGACUUUACUGUUGGUGAUGAGAAAGGAUGGAGUCUUGACUUUGAUUACCAAAGUUGGGCAGCUGGAAAGGAAUUUCAUGUGGGAGAUAAGCUUGUGUUCAAUUAUAGAGCAGGAGUUCACAAUGUGAUUGGUGUUAGUGGAAUUGAGUUCCAACAAUGUCAAGCAUCAAGUAACAACACUGUUCGCUCCACUGGCAACGAUGUGAUCACACUUUCUACUCCAGGAAGAAAAUGGUACAUCUGUGGUGUACCCGGCCACUGUGCAGCCCGGAACAUGAAGCUUAACAUAACUGUGCUUGCUCAAGUGGGAUCUCCGGCUACCGCUCCCGGUUCACCAACGUCACCAUCUGCUGCAACACCAAAUGUGGCGUUUAGCUUUUAUGGAUGGAUUGCUGUCAUGGUUAGCUUCAUUGGGUUGGUCUUUGUUUGAUGGUUCAAUGGUCUUCUACAUCCAUAUUCCUAGGUUAAACUGUUGUUGAGUAUUCGUGUUUUUAA